GUUUAUUAAAGCCACACACCGAUGAUUCGGGGCUCAGUCCUGCUGCGGGAGCUGGGGAAGCACCAACCCUUCAACACCCCCUUGGAGUUGUAAAGCAGUGAAGCAAAUAAGCUGUGCUGGCCCCUCCUUUGCGUGGACAGAAGGUUGAACUCUGGCUGCACUGAUCCAGCACAAUGAUCUGGAUACUUCAGGUCUUGUUUUCACCACUCCCAACACCAGCACUGUUUACUCUUAUUGCACUUGGAGCUCUCAUCUUCCUCUGGGUGGUAAGCAGGCCAAAGCCUGUUUUACCUCCUGUUGACUUGAACAAGCAGUCAGUGGGAAUUGAGGGAGGAGCGAGAAGAGCUGCACUCUUGACAGAUAAUAACCUGCUUUCUUAUUACUUUGAAGAUACUAAAACCUUGUAUGAAGCUUUCCAAAGAGGACUGCAUGCUUCUGGAAAUGGCAACUGUUUAGGCUACAGAAAACCCAACCAACCUUAUCAGUGGCUGACAUAUAAACAGGUUUUGGACAGAGCUCAACAUCUGGGAUCAGGGCUUCUGCAGAAAGGAUGUAAACCAUCACCAGAUCAGUUUAUUGGCAUUUUUGCUCAGAACAGGCCAGAGUGGAUCAUUUCUGAGUAUGCCUGCUACACUUACUCAAUGGUUGCUGUUCCACUCUAUGACACCUUGGGGCCAGAUGCCAUUCUAUAUAUUGUUAACAAAGCUGACAUAGGCAUAGUGAUUUGCGACAAGCCAGACAAGGCACAGAUCUUACUUGAAAACUGUGAGCAAGGAAAGACCCCAUGCCUGAAGACUAUAAUUCUUAUGGAUCUCUUUGAUAAAGAGCUGAAGGACAGAGGAGCUAAAGUGGGAGUUGAAAUUCUAGCACUACAGGAGGCUGAGGAGCUGGGAAGAAACAACAUCAGAAAACCAGUUCCUCCUAGUCCUGAAGAUCUUUGCAUUGUGUGUUUUACCAGUGGAACAACAGGUAACCCUAAAGGUGCCAUGCUGACACAUGAAAAUGUUGUUGCAAAUGCUGCUGGCUUCCUUAGAACCAUAGAGGACACGGUUGAGUGUACAAGUUCGGAUGUGAGCAUAUCUUAUCUUCCAUUGGCUCACAUGUUUGAGAGAGUUGUACAGACUGUGAUAUACAGCUGUGGAGCAAAAGUGGGCUUCUUCCAAGGAGACAUCAAAUUGCUAACGGAUGACAUGAAAACCUUGAAGCCAACAAUAUUUCCGGUUGUACCAAGACUGCUCAAUAGAAUAUAUGACAAGAUACAAAGUGGAGCAAACACACCAGUGAAAAAAUUCCUGUUAAAUUUUGCUGCAACUAUGAAGAUGAUUGAAGUGAAACAGGGCAUAAUUCGAAACGACAGCCUUUUGGAUAAGCUGGUCUUCAAAAAAGUUCAGGAAACCAUGGGUGGAAGAGUGCGUAUAAUGGUAACAGGUGCAGCCCCUAUAUCUCCCUCUGUCCUGAAAUUUCUCAGAUCAGCAUUGGGCUGUCAGGUCUUUGAAGCUUAUGGCCAGACUGAAUGUUCAGCUGGAUGUACUUUCUCCAUGCCUGGAGACUGGACUACAGGCCAUGUUGGACCCCCACUGGCUUGUAAUAUCAUUAAACUAGAUGACGUGGAAGAAAUGAACUACUUCUCUUCAAACAAUGAAGGCGAGGUCUGCAUAAAAGGACCAAAUGUGUUCAAGGGUUAUCUGAAAGACCCUGAGAAGACAGAAGAAGCAAUUGACAAAGAUGGGUGGCUUCACACAGGAGAUGUAGGGAAAUGGAUGCCAAAUGGAACGCUGAAGAUCAUUGAUAGGAAGAAAAAUAUAUUUAAACUUGCACAAGGAGAAUACAUUGCUCCAGAGAAGAUAGAAAAUGUCUAUAUCAGAAGUGUGGCUGUAGCCCAAGUCUUUGUACAUGGGGAAAGCCUGAGGUCUUGUCUAGUAGGUAUAGUGGUUCCUGAUGCUGAGACACUUCCAGAAUUUGCAGCAAAACUGGGUGUCAAGGGUUCCUAUGAAGAUAUCUGCAAAAAUCCAGAAGUGAAGAAAGCUAUUUUAGAAGAUUUGGUUAGACUGGGGAAAGCAGCUGGCCUUAAGUCCUUUGAACAAGUUAAAGACCUGUACAUCCACACAGAGCUGUUCUCUAUAGAAAAUGGACUCUUGACACCAACACUGAAGGCAAAGAGAGCAGAGCUUGUUAAAGUCUUCCAGAAGCAGAUUGAAGCCCUCUAUUCAAGUAUGCAGGAAUAAGUGACUAAUUUAAAUUAAACUUCAUGGAGUACCUAAACAAAUCUGUAACACUGUGACCUCUGGAGAACACAAGCUUGAGUGGAAGGGAGCAAGGAGAACUUAAAAAUAUUAUUUCUGGCAUCCUAUGAAAAAUGACUUUCAGAUGAAGAUGGCUACAGUAUAACUGGUGGUCACUGGCAACGUCCAGUCCUGCAUGGAAUCUCCAGGCAAAGCGAGAACUUCCAUUUCUUUGGGCUGUGACUGAAGCACACACACACUGAAGAGCCUCAGCCUUUACAAGGCAGCUGUUUUCUUGCUCCAACUAUAACCUCCAUUCUGAACUUCUGUGGCUUAAUCUGCAAUCAGACUGAACUCUUUCAUGCAGUUGUGUUGUGGGUGGGGGAAGGAGGGAGGUGGUUCACAAAGAAAGUGCGGGAAGAAAACACUUCAGUUUUCCCUCAGGAUGGUAAAACUUUUUCAGUGCACCGGUCUCAACUUGAGCUGUGACAAUGUGAAUAGGAGCUUAACAUCUGCUCAGCAAUAACAAAGUGAACUUCCCUGCUCCUAGCCUUGAACUGCACCACUGUAGGUUGUUUCUAAUGAAAGUGUGAUUAGUUUGGCAUCAGAUGGUUAAUGAAAUACAUGUCUAAACCAAACAUGAUUCAUGCUUUAGGAGGCACUGGUUCAGAUUUUUGGGUUUUUUAAGCACAUGUUCUCAAAUGCAAUGGCAGUUACAAAGCCAGUACACUUACAAACUUACCAGUCCAGUAACUCAAACUCUUCAACUUCUCAAGGUUAUAAAAUGCGAUAAAUUGCAACUGUAAACUCAAACCAAAGCCUGUGUGGGUAAUUUGUUUCUUUGUGACAUCCAGAAGGAUAGCAUCGUUCAGCCAUUGUGCUGUAGCUGACUUGUUUCCUGAACUGUCAUGGCCUGGCUGCAAUUCAAGCAGCAUGAGGCAGUAAGAUAGGGCAAGACAAGAUGCUGCUCCUCUGAUCAGCUUUCUUUUCCUUCUAGUAAGGCAAUAUAUGUCAAAGCCUUCAGGAUAAGCUCAUUCCUCUAGCUCAGCUUGUCCUAUAAUAAAUUAAAUGCAAUGCCUUAUUUUAAGGCAAAAUAAACCUUGUUAGUUUCUUUAGAAAACUACUUAGGCAAGUGAGUACUGUCAUUCUCUAUCUUUAGAAAUAUUUAUGGGGUUCACAGAGUUAAGCCAAUCUUCUAAUGCUUUCUUUCUGUUCUUGUAGUAAUUUGGAUCAGUUUGCUUUUUUUUCUUUUAAAGGUAAUGCAACUCUAAGAAUGUAACAUGGAGGGAUGCUUUUCUAUAUCAGCUCUCCUUCUCUAACAGAUUAUUACAGCUAGUGCCUGUUCCUCUUGGUAUUUAAGAUGUUUUUGGUUAGAUUAUUUGAAAGCAACCGUAGGCUUGUUGGUCAGGAAAUAACCAGUCUUUGCUGUGAAACAUCUGAAGUUUUAAUUAAUAAUAAUUUGCUCUUGUUUCAGAGUCUAAAUUCAGUUCUGUUUCUAGUCUGUGUCCAAAGACCUUGAUGUUUUCACAUAACUGUUGUGUCAAUAUGUACAUUCAACAUGAUUCUUAACUUCUGAGUUUAAAGACCCAGAAUCUGGAACACACGUAACUAACUGCUGCAUGUGUUUCCUUAAAGAAGAAUGACUUAAAAACUGCCUCAAUCUUUUGGCUGAUGUUGGACUAGUGAGAAUGGAAGAUGAACCAGAGAGGAGAAAUAUAAACUUAAAAUGGUUGAGGGCUCUGUGGAGCAACUCAUCUGGGAGCAGGAGAUCUAUUGUAACUGAGUUCUGUAUCAACUUGAGGCUGAAUGCUUCUGCUGCAGCAUCUGGAAAGUACUUUGUUCAUUUUAUCAAAUGAAAUUUCCCCACCAAGAUCAGUUUGGAAGUUGAAACCCUACACGCUGUUGUGCCUUCAACUGGCAGUGCUCAUGAACCAGUGCUUCCUUUAACUUAAAGAGAGCUCUUCCUUUCCCUUUUUGAAGAGAAAUUACAACUAUAAUGAAAAAAGUAGAAAGCAUUACAAAACAUAAACAUGUACUUUACAUGUUUAUGUCCAUUUUGGACUGUUUAGAAUAGAAUACAGAAUCAUUAAGACUAGAAAAACACAAGAUCAUCAAGUCCAAUCAUCAACUCAUUCUGGAGCAAAUCUCCUGGGCAUGCUGUGGUUCAGUGUGGAGCAAUCUUGGUGUGCAAAAUUCUGCUCCAGUUCUGCUCUGAUGCUCUUCAAGCACAAAAUGACAUUCAGUCCCUAUAAGCAAACCAGUUUAAAAAAUUUCACCCCACCACUCCCAAUAGCUAACAUUCAACUGUGAUCGUUAGUGCUGUCCACUUGUUCCUAUUACACUACUAAUUACUGUCAAUAUAGAUAGCAGCUAUUUUGUCACUGCAUAGUCAAGUUCAACAGCUCCUCAGCUGGAAGACAAGCUUACUCUUGUCAUCUUUCUUUGGCUCUAGACUUCAGAGAUGCAGAACAGAAAACAUUCCAGUAAAGACUAAGACUGUAAACCAUGCAGUUUACAAGCCUUCAUAAUAAUAACUUCUCACAUUCUAGAACAGCACAGAUUUUACCCCUUUGCUGUAUUCUCCUCUCAGCCCUUGCUAACAGGGAAACUACAAGUGAAACAUAUUCCUAUACCACUAAAGAAUAGCGCUUCUAGAAAAUAAAAGUGUUGUGAUUUCAAGAGGGAAAAGCAACUGCUUGCAGAAUACUGAAACUGAAUCUAGUUCCCCAUUACCACAGCUCAGAAACAACCUAAGAUUAUGGCUCACCACCAGCAGUAAUGCACAGAAGGCUGGAAGUUAAAAAACCACAACAACAACAACAAAGCCUGGGUAGUGCUAGAGGUAAACAGCCUCAGCAGCAGCACAGAGUACCAGUUCUGGCUUGUCUGUUAUGUAGUUAUUUCUGUAUACUUAAUAUUGUCUAAGAAAAACUUAUCUGCUUGAGACAACUUAUGCAGGUGGAGAUAAACCGGGUGUUAGUUUAGAACAUUUAUUUACAAAAACUCCCAACUUCUGAUAUGGAACUAGUCUAAGCCAUGUGCUGUACUUACAUUUCAAAAUCUUUCAGCUGGUACAGGUAAUUUUUUUUUAAAAGGUCCUCUUUCUAAUAAUCCAUACCAGAUAGUACAUAAAAAUCUUUUAGCAAAGGCAUUCAUCACUUAGUGACUAGACUUGCAGAAGUUUUCUCUCUUGGCACUAGUGCUUCUUUUCAGACUAAGAUGGAUCAGCAACUCCAGUCCCUUGGAUACAAGCUCAUAUGUCAAAGAGAGCAGAGGUUAGUUGACUUCUUAUAGCAAGAGCUGUAGUCUUUCUAGUUUAGAAAACAGCUUCUGAAAUACUUGUUUCCCAAUAAUACACCUUUCCGUGCCUACAAACAAGUUCUUAUAAGAUCUAAGAACAAUUAAACCCACAAGUAAAUAUGAACGUAUUAUUUAUUUGAGGUGGAUAAUUCACAUCAUUAAAAGUCAUGGGUAACAAAUCUUAUCUUGCAUUUGGAUUAGAGAUUUAUUCUGUAUUUUUCAGGGGGCAGCUUCAAAGAAAGAAAAAUAUGAGAGAUAUGUAACAAGCAUCACAACAGAUGCAGUUGUGGGGAAAAAAAA